AUUUACUUUAGCAUAGCAUUUCUUCGGACAUUAUCGUUCGAGUUAACAGUGCUCGCGGUCGUUAUUUAUCUCUCUGAGCGUUAUAACGAGAAUGAGGAAUAGUACUCGAAAUUAGAAUGUUUCAAAAUUCUUACUUCGAAGGAACAAAGAUGUGCCAUUAAUUAUUUUAGCAAGCAUCACAGUACAAAUAUUAUUUCUUUGCGAAUCAUCUUUUAAAUACAUACUGUGAAUAUUAAUUUUUGACUGGUAACUACGUUUACUUUGUGAUACGAUGUCUUCCAUUCCUGAAGCACUUUCCGAAAUCCAACAAUUCUACAAAGGUGCUAAUAUCUUCAUUACUGGUGGGACGGGAUUUCUGGGAAAGAUUUUAAUUGAGAAACUACUUCGAAGUUGUCCAGGAAUUGGCAAUAUCUAUGUGCUUGUACGAUUCAAACGGGGCAAAAGAAUGGAAGAGAGAAUGGAUAAAUUGUUAUCCGAUAAUGUGUUCAGUGUUUUAAAAAAAGAAAAUCCAGACUACAAGAAGAAACUUAUUGGAAUCAACGGCGAUGGUGCAAAUAGUGGUUUGGGAGUUUCACCGGAAGAUCGACUUUUACUUACAAACGAGGUAUCCAUAAUAUUUCAUGCUGCAGCUACAGUGAGAUUCGAUGAACCGUUAAAUGUAGCCGUAGCCAUAAAUGUCAAUAGUGUUAAGGACAUCAUCGACCUUAGUAAAGAUUGCAAGAAAUUAAAGGCCUGUGUCUACGUAUCCACAGCCUUUAGCAACUGCAUACAGAAAAAAAUUUGCGAAACAAUUUACACGCCUCCAUUGACUUAUGAAGAGAGUAACAUGAUCGUAGAUAUUCUUGAACGACAAGACUUUUCCAAAGAUAUCGUCGGGGAAAUUACACAAAAAUUGAUCGGGAAGUGGCCAAAUACCUAUACAUUUACAAAAGCAAUAGCGGAAGGUGUAAUAAACAAGUUCGCCCGGAACCUGCCCAUUUCAAUAAUUCGUCCAUCAAUUGUGCUGGCAACAUGGAAGGAACCACUGCCCGGCUGGACGGACAAUUUAUUGGGAGUUAAUGGAAUUGUAGCAGGAGUUGCCGUAGGUGCAAUUCACGUAAUGCACUUGGAUAAAAACAAAAAAUGUGAUUUGGUUCCUGUGGAUAUGGUUUGCAACGCUAUAAUCGCCUGCGCUUGGGAAACUGGAAUAACAAAAAGAAGACCGGAAGAGGAUAUUCCAGUGUAUAAUUACGUCACCGGACCUGAAAACCCUAUAACGUGGAUGGAAUUUCAGUCCUUGGCUCAUUCAAUUGGUUACAAAUCGCCAACAAACGCAGCCAUUUAUUAUAAUACUGUAAUUUAUACGAAAUAUCAAUUGCUUUAUACUAUAUUUGAAUUUUUUUUUCAUCUCAUCCCAGCCCUAGUUGUGGAUAAUAUUACUAAACUCAUUGGAAAGGAGCCCAUCUUGUAUAAGAUGCACAAAAAGCUCGCAAAUCUUACGAGAGUACUGUCUUUUUUUACCACGCAAGAAUGGACCUAUGAGAACUUCCAAAUGCAAAAAUUGUGGAACCGUUUGAGCAACGAGGAUAAAAGAUUGUUUCCAAGCAGUUUAACUUUAUUCAAAUGGCAUGACCUUGUAAAAACGCAUAUUUUUGGCAUGAAGAAGUACAUUAUGAAUGACAAAGAAGGUAAUGAAUCAGAAGCAAGGAGACGUCAAAUCAUACUAUAUAUUAUUCAUACUGCCGUUCGACUCUUGUUUGUAUUUUUCGUCAUCUGGCUGAUCUGGAAGAUAUUUCAUUGACGAAGAUUUUCAUACAACAUAAAGUAGUCUUAUUGGGCAAAUGAAUAAAAAAUAUUAAAGAAUUGUAAUAUUUAGGCACGACUGCUUUGAACAUGUAGAAGUGUUUAUGUAUUUGCCGGUUUAAAGAAGCGGUUUGUGCGAGCAAAGAAAAUUGUGUAGGCAAAAUUCUAAACAGACGGCUAAAUUAAUCGAGCUAAAAUUUGUAGCGGAUAUAAAAAUCUGGAUUUAAAUAGAAUAGUAAUAUUCGCAUGUGUCGAGCACUUCGAGUAUAAAAGUAUCGCAACGUCAAAGUUAAUUUUUUUUUCUACAACGACCAGUGAGUAAGAUAUGACCGAAUGAUUCAAGUAGCCGUGUCCUUGAGGCAAACUGGUCUUACAAUUAGCUGAAAUUUUACGCGCAUUAUUAUUUUUAACGAACAUUGCGUCUCUUAUUUUACUGAUAUAUUAAAAGUUAAAAAAAAGAUUUAGAUAAUACUUUUGAAACUUGCGUUAUGGAAAAUAAUGCCAGUAUGUGCACUAAAAGUAUAACUUUUAGAACCAUUUGAUAGACAGAACUUUAUUAAAAACAACUAUUAUCUCUUUCUGAUGUAAUCACAUUUUCAGUACUCAUAAAUCUUUAGACUGUAGUUUAUUAUAUUUAGCGUUGUAAUAUUGAAUAAUAAUUAUAUGUGAAUUACGAUUAACAAAUUUCAUAAGGUACUUUCAAAUUCAAUUGAAUAUACAAGAUCUGACAGUUAUCUAUUUUUGUAAUUAGAUAUUAUGUAGUUAAUGCAAUGUAAAAUUGUACUACAAUAUAUCACCAACGUUGUUGCAAUGGUUAUUUCAAUUUUAGCUUGUAUAAGGUGUACCGAGUUAUAAGAAAAAAUGUAAUACAAAUAAAAAUUCAUAUUAACUCCGAUAGGAUUUGUGUAAAGUAUUUUUUUUUGAUAUCAUGCCAUUUUGAAGAAACGUAACUGGGAAUAGUUACUUAACCCAGGAAUAUUAUAUUAUGUUAACCCUUAUGUGUCAUUAACCCAUAUGUGAAUCGUCAUUCCUUAGCUCAAAAGCAAGCAGAUUGUAAAUUAGAUUUAUUUAUUAUUUUUUAAUGAAAAAAAUUCAAUUAAACUUAAGCCAUCGCCUUAUUUACACCCGGGGUACCCACUAUAUGUAUUCAUACUUUGUACAUAAAAAUUAUUUUCUAUGA